UCAUUUUACAGUUUUAGAUAUCUGCCAAAUUUAAGAGAGAUAUGGAAAAUCAGAAAAUCAUACACACUUUAAACUUUGGCAACUUGGAAUCCGUCCAUGAGAAAGUGCCUCAUCUGCCUGAUCCCGUUACUCAUGGGUUCUUCUUGCUCAAACCCUCCCCCCAAAAUACUCUUCAUUUCAUCUUGUUUCCUGACAGCCUGCACAGCUCUCAUUGAACCCUGGUGGAUUUAUUCAUCUCUUUCAACUCAUUUAUCUCCACUCUCAGACAUUUGUCUGUUAUGUCUGUUAUCGGAGAGUUUGUCUGCCAUCAUGGCGACGGGCAGCUCGCAGACGGAUGUGAAGGGCUCUCUGAACGGGAGCAUGGAUUUGUAUCACAGCUGGUUCGGUCCUACGACCCCACGACCUCCUCUACGAAACUACCUGCUCCUGACCAUCCUCACCUGCUUCUGUCCGGCCUACCCUGUCAACAUUUUAGCCUUGGUGUUCUCUGUAAUGUCCAGAAACAGUUAUGAUCAGGGAGAUUAUGAGGGUUCGAGGCGUUUAGGGAAGAUGGCGCUCUAUGUGUCCAUCGCCUCCAUCAUCAUCGGCAUCCUCAUCAUCACCAUCUUCUGCGCUGUGCAUUUCAGCACGAAAGAUGUGUAAGAUGACAGUGUUUUGUCGUGCUGUGCUCUGGGUGAAGGACGUACACUGGGUCGCUCUGUCUGUUGAACUGAACGGAGAUUUUAGUCAUGAAACCAAGAGCAGGACAGAUCCAGCACAGGACAUCAGCUCUCCUCCAUCUGCAGUCCAGCUCUAAAUGAACAUGCUUAUAGAAGAGAGAGGUAGAUGAUGGGGCUUGAAAAGUUAUGCCAUUUUGUCAAGACAUUUUUACAGACACACUUUUAAACCGCUGAAUAUUAUGCAUCCAUGCAUAUACUGAAAAUGUAAAUAAUUUUGUAACCCAGGCAUGUGUGUUCUUUUUCUAAUUCUUUUUGUGGUUUCAGGGUUGAAUGUCAAUGCAAAACUGAUUCAUAAUGACCUUAAUUACUAAAUAUAAUUUCAACACAUCACACCGUUUACAGUCUUCAAGUCUUAACAGCUCUUAUAAAAUCUGCAAAAAAAAAAAAAAAAAAAAAAAUAAGUAUGGAAAAUGUAAAUAUUACCAAUGUCGGUGCUUAGUGUUUUCCUCUGCCAGUAGAUCAUGAAAACAAGAAAAGGCUCUUAAUUAAAAAUAAAUAAAUAAAUAAAAAAUACUGAUUCUAUAUAUCUGGGUUUAAAUUUUUCUCAAUUUAUUAAUGUAGGCUAAUCUAUGGUGAUGUUUAUGUGUUGUCAGAUGUUUUACAAAUGAAAAUGACACUAAUUUGGAAAUAAUGUUGUCCUGAUUACAUUAUAAACUUAAUUUUA